UCUGGAUGUGGCAGUACAUGUGCAAACAGAGGUCUGUACUUUGGAGUGAUGGUCCAGUUUGUGUAUGUGUGUCAGGAUAUCAGAGCUGUUUGAAAUGGCACCAUUUGUUUCUUUAUCUUUCUUAUGUUUGCUGCUUUUGGACCUUCAGCUGAUCUGUGGAGCUCCGGCUCCGGCCCCAGCUCCAGUGUUCCUGUCCAGUGAGGCAGCCGACAGCGUCCUGCAGAGGCAAAAACGCCACAACACUGGGAUAUUUGAGGAGGUGCUGGAGGGCGACCUAGAGAGAGAGUGUAUGGAGGAAAUAUGUGACCUGGAAGAGGCGAGGGAGGUCUUUGAGAAUGACGACAACACAAUGGAGUUUUGGGCGAGGUAUGUAGACGGCAAUCAGUGUGAGUCAGGCCCCUGUCAGAACCAGGGGUCAUGCAACGACCACCUCGGCUACUACACCUGCUCAUGUUCGAGCAGCUUCACUGGCAGGAAUUGUGAGAUUGUUUUAGCUAAAAGGUGUGACGUGAACAAUGGAGGCUGCAUGCACUUCUGUGAGUCGAUGGGAAACUUCGGAGCAAAAUGCUCCUGUGCGACAGGGUACAAGCUGCUGGAGGACGGGCUGAGCUGUGACCCAGAAACUGAAUUCCCAUGUGGCAGAACCGCCCUGACGCCGUCGGGCUCGGUUUCCACGAGAUCUCUGCUGGGCCACGAGAACGCAAGCCUGGAGAACACCACCUCUACCACGUCCCCUCCCUCGACUCCAGCCGGCACCACGGCGUCUUUACCAGCCACAAGCGAACCAACGAAAAUCCACUCCCGGAAGAAACUGCCCCGGUGGAGGCACUUUGAUGCGGGCCCCGCUGAGGAGCCGCCGAAGGCUCUUAAACGCAUUGUCGGUGGCGAGGUGGUAAUUCCAGGAGAGAUCCCGUGGCAGGCAGCCUUGGUAGCGCGUCGCAGCGGCCAGCUGUUCUGCGGUGGCUCCAUUCUCAGCGAGCGCUGGGUCAUCACUGCUGCUCACUGCCUGGUGGAGGGACAAGGCAACUUCUUCAUCAGAGUGGGGGAGCACAGCGUCUUCAUCCAUGAAGACACGGAGCAGGAUCUCGAGGUGAUGAAGCAGCACAUACACCCGCGCUACAACGCCAGCGUAAGCCUGUACAACCACGACAUCGCCCUGAUUUACCUCAAAAGCCCCAUCACCUUCUCCCCUACGGUCCGGCCCAUCUGUGUAGGGCCCAAGGAUUUCACAGAGGCCCUGGUGAAGGAGGCCUCCCCGGCUACGGUCAGCGGCUGGGGCCGAACACGCUUCCUCGGAUUCACUGCUGACACUUUACAGAAGGUCAAGGUUCCCUUCACAGAUCGGACGGAGUGUAAGCGCAGCAGCAGUGCCAGGAUCACUCCCGUCAUGUUCUGUGCGGGAUAUUACGACGAGGCCAAAGACGCCUGUCAGGGCGACAGCGGAGGCCCUCAUGCAAACAGUCUCCACGACACGUGGUUCCUGACGGGCAUCGUGAGCUGGGGGGAAGAAUGUGCCAAGGACGGGAAAUACGGCGUCUACACUCGUCUGUCUCUGUAUUACCGCUGGAUAAAACACGUCACGGGAUUAACGAAACACAGGCUGGCAUUUGACAUGGAGGACCCCGACCCCGAGCCUGAGCCUGAGCCUGACGUAUAGCCAUUAUGGAUUUUUUCUACAAAAUAACAUGUCUACACAUGGCUGGCAUGUCAAAUAAAUGAUACAUUUCUGCUCUAAAGGGCAAAAUAAAUAGUUCUUUAAAAGAA